AUGAGUUUAAGAGCUACACGAUGUUGCUCGCAUUGCAAAGCCUCCUGUCAGAGUGAAUUCAAACAAGUGGUUAAUUUAAAAAUGUCUGGGCUUUUAAUUUAUGUGUAUAACAAUGUUGAUCCGAUAAUAAGUGCAAGCGGGAAGAAUGUACGAAGCGUGGUUAUCCACAACAUUGGUAACAAAGAAAUAAAAAAAAUCGACUACGUAGUAGAACUAUGUCAAUACAAAACAAAAUGCUACCAAUGUGAAAAAACAAUACAAUGUAUUCGUAAUUUAUUGGAUAAUGUUAAUAUUAUAAGGAAAAAUGAAGUAUUAGCUGUAUGUGAACACUGUAAAAGAUCUAAUUUUAAAAACAAGUGUAAGAGAUGCCUAUAUUUAUUGGAGAAAUUUAUUACAUGUAGAGUAAAACAAAAUGAAAGUCGACUAGAUGCAUACAGGUCUUGGUGGUGUUCAGCAAAACAUUUGUUGCAAACCUUUGUACAAAAUCAGAACAUAAUAUGUGGUAACAGACUAAGUUUCGAUGAAAGUUCAGAAGCUGAGCUUAAAAAACUUGUGAGUUUAAUAAAAUCAUCCUCACCUACAACAAGUCCUUGUAUAGACAACAUUUCACUUCAAGCAGAGUUUGAUAAAUCAACGGAUAGUAUGCUUGAGGUAGAAACUAAUAACAAAGUAUUAGAAAUGAUGGAUGACCUGAGUAUUUGCAAAGAAGUCGCGUCUGCAGAGGAGGAAACCCCCUGUAUGUGUAGAUAUUUUGUAGAGCAUAAAAAGGACUUUCAACCGAAAGUUUCUUUAGAGAUGCCCGUCAUAAAACAUAUGCCCUGUCCACCAUGUGCGCAGAAGAAAACAUUAACUCCACAAAUAAGCAUAACAAAACCUGUUAAGAAGGGCACGAAAACAUCACCUAAAACAAUUUCUGACGAUCGUACUAUAUUGCGAUUGAUAAAAGAACGGAAGACCAAAAAGAAACAAGAAAAGCCGGGUGAAAUUGUACUUCCUCAAAUUGAUAGCCUCCCAGCUCUUCCCAAGGCAAAAAAGCAAGUAGUUUCGGAAGAUUCAGAAAGUAUUUUAGAGUGCGCACCGGAACAUUCUGAACCGAAUGAAAUGAUUCGUGGUACAAAAAUAGUACAUUUAGAUCCACAUUACAAAAUGACAAAACCUUCAAUGGAACCACUAGUUUUUAGAAAACAAUAUAAUUUUGCAAUCCCCGAUGAUGAGGCAAUUCAGCAAAUGGAUGCUACACCUUUAGAAGAUCUGAAGGAAAAGCCCUCUAAGGAUACUAAAGGAAUAAUAAGAUACGAGCUUUCAAAUAGAGAGUUUAUAGAUAAGGGCUGGACUAAGUUACCAACAAUUAAAAUAAUGCGAAAGAUGAAUAUUUACAAAAUGAUACCUGCAUAUCCACAAUUUGAUUGGUUUAAAAACCAUCGUAAAGAAAGAGUUUUAUUUUAUGAUACUGGCGAAGUAUUAGCCGAGCUUUAUGAAAAUGGAUGUGGGAAAUGGUUUUACAAAAAUGGGCUAAUUGCCUUAGAUUUUUUUAAUAGUGAAGAUAUAAAUGUCAAACAAAGAUACAUCAUUUAUGGCAAUAAUGAUGAAUAUAAAUUUAACACAAAAAGGCCAAUUACAGUUUUAGCAUGUUUUGAUCACUUGGGACAUGGGAUUGUCUAUGAUCACACUGGUAAAGUAAGGUUGAAAUAUAAUCAAUCUGAAGGUAUAAUUAUUGAUGAGAAAAUUGCUCCGCCAAGUCGUUGGAAAUGGCAUACAUUAAAUGAACCACCUGUUUUUGAAAAUGCCUAUAUUGACAACAAGGUAAAAGUCAAUGAGGUCCAACGAAAUUUGCUGUCCCCGCAUUUAUUAGACACUGAAGAAAAUGAGAAACCAAUAAAUGAAGAAAUGCUUGUCAUAGAGUUUGAAAAUUUUGUCAAAGCAAAGGCUGCUAAGAUGUUGCAACAAUUUAAACCAUUCCAAAUAAGAAUGAAGGUGGUUAAAAUAAACGAUUUCUUUUCUCUAAGAGUAAUUGAUCAAGCAAAUAUUUACAUAUUGUUUAGAACUGGUCACAUAAGUUUAAAGUUAAAUAUAGGGAUGCAUUUGAAAAGUGAUGAAAUAAUUGAUACUGAGAUAGUUGAAAUUUCAGAGGUCUCAACGCCAUAUGAUUCAAAUAUGUCAAUAUCUAAAAGUGUAACUGAAAUACAUAAGAUAUUAGAAAAUGCGAAUCAUUUUUAUAAAUCUCGUAAAUAACAUUAUUGAUUGAAAAGCGCGACCUUGCACUAAUAUGUUUUAGUUGUAUACAUUACAAUAAUACAUAAUGUACAUCAGAAACAUUUUUUUGGAUUUAUCUGACUCUGUUCUAAUUUUCUGUUUGUAAGUUUGUUUUGUUUUAAGGUUAAGUUACAAAUAAAGAUUUGUUCUCUGAAA